AUGGGCAGCCAAACGACGAAAUCAUUUGGCGGCGACGCGUUCAAUGACCAAGAACCUCGCAGCCAACACUUGGUCGAUUCACCAAUGUUCGGAGUCGAGGAUAUUGAAGAUGAAGACCCGACACUCUAUAACAUGCACAAACCAUAUGAGCCCGAGAGAUUGACCCGCUGGUUAACCACUUUCGACGACACUUCAGGUGGAGAAAAAACUAUCCUUCCUCUCACUUCCCUUCCCAAACCUCUUAUUCCAUAUAAGGUUGAGGGCAGACCAGAAUCGUUCCAUGAGAUUCUUCUGUCUGACAAAAGUUUCCUCCCCGAAUCAGCGCGGGCCAUACUGGAAGCAGAAAUGAACGCAGACAAGACAGCAGAUUGGACUUCAGAAUGGGCCCAGGAGCUUAGGAGUCUUAAGAGAAAGCAACACCGUUCCAACCUCCGAAAGCAUGGCGUUGAACCAACCGCUCGAUCGCAAGUUCAACCAACAGCUUGGCGCACGAAGAAAGCCAAAGAGUUUAGAGCUCUGAUGGCGAAGGAGCUCUUUUCCGGCCGCAGUAUCGGUGCUUUUAUGGAGUUGCCAGUGAUGGAAAGACUGACAAUGUAUCAUGACAUGCUAGAGGCUCCCGGUAUGAUCGAGCUAUCUGACCCUUCGACUAUCAGCACCGAUCUACUGACGCAUUGUAUCGCUUCGGUCCCCAAUCAACACGCUCGUUCGUUCCUGGCCGCCUCUGCUCUUGAUCUUCUACCACCCAAACAUCGGGUAGUCUGGCGAGAGGCACAACGCCAUNUUUGGAGAAACAACGUGUUUGUUGUCAAUGCUUCGCACCUAAAUGCAGUGCUCAAUGGACUGGAUGCUCAUGUCAAGGGUUACUUAGCAAUGGUCCAUGUCGACCUAGAGGCUCUAGAUGACCUGGAAAACCUAGUCUGCUACAAUGCCUCACAUCUCGACAACAAGAACAGCCAGUCUCUUCAAGCCAUUCGCCAGGAAAACCAAAAUCUGAGGCGACUUAUGCAGGAAUGCUACGAGCUGUCUUGGGCGAGAAUCCAUGUACACAGCGAAUGGAUGAAGGGCGACAUCUACGAUCUGGUAAAAGCACACCGCGUCUGUCAGUCAGUUACAGACCAGCACAGAUGUCAACACACUGUACAAUACAACAGGCUCUGCAUGAACACUCAGCGACGUGUGGAGUAUUUGACAUGGCUUCUCUACAAAUCGUUGAAGUGCAAGGAGAAUACCCUCUUCAUUGACGUCGAACAUCUUAGCCUCGACGGCACCACAACAAUCCUCGAGGUCAAAUUCGACUUUUCAAAGCUUGAUAAAGUCGACAAAGAGGUGCGAGAGAUCUGGACGGAGCAGAGAAUACGCAAGACGAAACAACACAACGACUCGCGAGCACCAAGAGUGCCAUCUGUCAAGAAGUUCAAAGGGGUUGAACUGAUCGACUUGACCUAG